AUGUGGAAUCAGAAUUUGCAAGGUGGAUAUGUUCCAAGUUCAUGCAAAACAGUUGAUAGACAAUUAGUUUCAUUCAGAGGGCACUGCCCAUUCCGGGUACAUAUUCCUUCAAAACCAGGGAAAUCUGCCAUUAAAAUUUGGACAAUAUGCGACAGUGAAACAUCUUAUGUCUGGAAAAUGCAAAUCUACACUGGAAAAGAUCCAGUAAAAAGGAGAGAGACAAAUCAAGGUUCAAGAGUUGUUGAAGACCUAGUAAAAGAACUUGAAAAUACUGGUUGCAAUAUAACUUGUGAUAAUUAUUUUACAAGUCUAGGAUUGGUUCUAAAGCUGCUUAGAAAGAAAACUACUUUAGUUGGAACAAUUAGAAAGAACAGAGUUGAACCUCCAAGUGAUUUCACGAAUAGAAAACAAUGA